AUGGACGUCGUCGCGGCGGUUUCGGGGUAUAUCUCCAAGAUGGUCACGGCGGGGGAUCCCUCGACAUCGGGCUCCUCAACGUCGGCCAAGAUGAAGAUCCUGCUUUUGGAUAGUGAGACAGUGGGAUUCCCCUUCGAGGUCACCAUUGUGUCGACAGCCAUCACCCAAUCCGCCCUGCUGAAUCACGAAGUGUACCUGAUCGAUCGGUUAGAUAAUGCGGCUCGAGAGAAGAUGCGGCAUCUGCGCUGCCUCUGCUUCGUGCGCCCAUCCCCCAGCUCCAUCCAAUUCUUGAUCGACGAACUUCGUGAACCCAAGUACGGCGAAUAUUACGUCUAUCUCAGCAACAUCAUUCGCAAGUCGUCGCUCGAGCGCCUCGCCGAGGCAGACAGUCAUGAAGUGGUGCGUGCGGUGCAGGAACACUUUGCGGACUUCAUCGUGAUCAAUCCGGAUCUGUGUUCCUUAAACCUCGGCUUUCCUCAACAACGGUUGUGGAGUCACUCUCCAGACCUGUGGAAUGCAGAUGCACUGCAGAGAGCCACGGAGGGUAUAAUCUCUAUUCUGUUAGCUUUGAAGAAGAACCCAUUGAUACGCUACGAGAAAAACAGUCUGCUGGCCAAAAAGCUGGCUACUGAAGUUCGGUAUCAGUUGACUCAGGAAGAGCAAUUGUUCAAUUUUCGCAAGACCGACACGCCGCCAAUUCUUUUAGUUCUAGACCGACGCGAUGAUCCUAUUACACCUUUAUUGACCCAGUGGACGUACCAAGCGAUGGUUCAUGAAUUGAUGGGCAUUCACAACGGAAGGGUUGACCUUCGAGACGUACCGGAAAUCCGACCGGAGCUUCGAGAAAUUGUCCUCUCGCAAGAUCAAGAUCCUUUCUUUAAGAAAAAUAUGUAUCAAAACUUUGGCGAUUUGGGUCAGAAUAUCAAAGAAUACGUCGAACAGUAUCAGGUGAAAACUAAGAACACAAUGAAUAUCGAGUCGAUUGCGGAUAUGAAGCGGUUCGUGGAGGAUUAUCCAGAGUUUCGCAAGCUUUCUGGAAACGUCAGUAAACAUGUUACUCUGGUCGGGGAGCUCAGCCGGCGAGUCGGCGAGGAGGAUCUCCUCGAUGUCAGCGAAUUGGAACAAAGCUUGGCUUGCAACGAAAACCAUGCUAGUGACCUCAAGAAUCUACAGCGGAUAAUACAACUCCCAUCUGUGCCGGCCGAAAAUAAGAUACGUCUAGUGGCACUAUACGCCAUUCGAUACGAAAAACAACCGAAUAAUGCACUACCGAUCCUGCUUGAUUUACUGGUCACCGCGGGAAAUGUACCGUCGUAUAAAGUGAACACCAUUCCAAAACUACUCGCCUACCACCAUUCUCUUCAGGCUCCUCCAGUUGCUGGAGGUUUCUCUGACCUGUUCGAAUCGACUUCCUUUUUCUCUGGUGCUCGAGAUCGUUUCAAAGGGCUGAAAGGUGUUGAGAAUGUCUACACCCAACACUCACCGCGCCUAGAGGCCACUCUUCAAAAUCUGAUCAAGGGCCGGUUAAAGGAGCUACAGUAUCCUUUUCUCGAAAGUGGAGGUCACAUCCGGGAUAAACCCCAGGAUAUAAUCAUUUUUAUGGUGGGUGGCGCGACCUAUGAAGAAGCCAAGAUGGUGGCUCAGGUGAAUGCCAGCUCGCCUGGAGUACGAGUGGUUCUUGCUGGUACAAGCAUACACAACAGCACGAGUUUCUUGGAGGAAGUUGAUGACGCUGUGAGCGGCUGGCCAGAUCCCGCUCCCUCUAGUGCCGCUGGACGGCUGCGGAGGGAGAUUGCGCAUUAA